CUGAGGGAAAACUGGGUGACCGGAAGUGUGUCAGUCAGGUGAUCUUUGCAAGCCCGACUGAAGCAUUUUGGCUUUUUGCAGCGAUUAACGGGAUAUAAAAACAACCCGUUUCAUUCUGUCCUAGAAGAGGAUCUGUCCAUUCUCACCGUUGGCUUAUCUUUUGACAUUUGGAAUUGUAUCCACGGAUCGUCCUUUUUUGGGACAAAUCGGUCACCUACAUCGUUCUUUACUUUUAUUGCCUGUCUGAGGUUCUGUCACCUCUCCCUCUCAUUUUGAAGCCAUGUCUCAGAAGCUGACACCAGACAAUACUCAGAAAAGCUUUGCCGUAGGCCGUGGACUCUUGGCAGCUGCAGAGACUCUAAACUUUAGCAUGAGUGAGUCUCGGCCUGAUCCCUAUGGUUCCUCGUCCCAGCAGCAUGGAGGAUUGAUGGGAUUGGGUGGCGUAGAGAGCCAGGAUUCCCAACUGGGCACCCGUCGUGUGGGUAACCAUCUCGGCAAUACCAUGAAGCUUUUUGCCAGCCUCGGUCUCUCUCCCAAUGACUUGGACGCACUGGCCCAAGUGCCUGAGGAGAACAUCAGUGUGGAAACACUACCACAUCUUAUCAUGCAGCUGAAGAACCGAAAGGCAGAAUCCAAUCGACAUCUGGGCGGUGACCUGCUAUCUCAAUCACUCUCCCCCGACCCCUCGUACAGAGGAGGUCGAGACAAGUGGGAUAUGCAAGGAGGACGACUGGACCGUUCCACAGCUUCCACGAGUCAGAGCCGCACUUCUCAGUCUGAUUUUGGCUACAGUUCUACUCAAGAUUUAUCUUCUCGCAGCUACGAUAUGCUUGAUUACGGGGGCAGUGGCAGCAGUCGGGAUCGCCAGUAUUCCGAGCUUUCCACUGACCGCUAUCGUGGCUUAGGCACGACCUCAUCUUCAGCGUCUGACGAUCUCUUUAUGGAGCGACGGAUGGGAUACCCAUCUCAGGGCAAAAUUCAGGAUUUCUUGGGGGUCAUGCCGCACAUGUUUCCCCAUGUGUGCUCCCUUUGUGACUUUGAUGUGCAUUCUUCCAUGGAAUGGACUCAGCACACAACUGGGAUGCGGCAUGCAGAAAACCGGAGGGUCCUUCUCCAAUUGUAUCCAGAUUGGGACCCUCAAAUGCCCUCUGGCCGAAUGUCAGAUUCUCUCUCUCUGAGCUCAAAGAGCCGAUCAGACGGACUACUGGGUGUUGCUCCAUCUUCUAUGAGGCAGCGAUCAAGCGUGGGUUCAAGCUGGGGAUCAUCUUCUAGCAUGAGUAUGUCGAACAAAUCAUCAUAUUCUUCAACACCAAAGAUCAGAAGCAGGGUAGUGGUGGUAAAAUAUGAUGAGAAGCCCAAGUUAUCUGCUCUGUUUGCGUUAGCCAGUCGAUUUGGUAGCAUUCGUGAACACCUUGUACUCAAGAAUAAGGCCUUUCUGGAGCUUGCAACACAUGAGGAAGCAUUUGCAAUGACUAAUCACUACCAGAAUAAGCCUGCCACUUUGCAUGGGAGAGACGUGAAGAUUUACUUGUCCAAGGAUCUGCUGGUGAUUGAGAAAAACGACAGGCCAGACAGAGAGAACAGAAAUCGAGACAGCGGUCCAGUGGUGUUCUUUUCCAAUUUGCCAAGAGAGACUGAGAAGAAAGCAGAGCUGCUGACAGUAGCCCGCAGAUUUGGCACUGUUGUGAACCAUCUUUUUCUGAACGAUCAGGCAUUUGUGCAAAUGGGCAACUCCGAGGAUGCAGAGAUGUUAGUGAAGUAUUACACUAUCCAUCCACUGACCAUUAGUCGUAGGACCAUCCAUAUGAACAUCUGCACCAAGUACAAGACCUUAACGGUCGUACCUGGUAAAGGAGAACAGUUAAAAGAACAGUUGGACGAAUGCGGUCAGAAGAACAGCAGCAGCAGUAGAACAAGUUCCAAAAGCUCAUCCAGGCCUCAGAGAAGUUCAAGCUCCAGAUCGAAAGAGAGCUUUUCCGAGAAAGCACAAGAAUCGAAGUCUAAGGAGGUGGAGGAGGAGGUCCGGUCUGAUGCAGGCUCUGGUGAUGAAGUCCAAGGUGUCGUGGAAGCUCACGAUGUAGAGGAAGAGGCCGUUGGUGAAGAUCAGGUGACGGAGGAAUCCGUGACCGUACAGCCAGAUCAGGAAGCUGCCAUGGAGUUCGAGGAUUCAGCUAUGGAGCGUGAAGAAGAGGAGGAGGAGGAGGAAAAUGCACAUGAUGGUGAGGACACAGAAAUUCCAGAAGAGGAAGCAUUUGAACAGAAGCAACAAACAGAUCAACUAGCUGAGCAGGAGGAAGAUCAGGAGCAGGAGGACAAUGCAGAACCCAAAGAAACAGAUGGACAGGAUGAUGUGGAGCAGGAAGAGGGCGCUGCAGACGAUUCUGUGGAGCAGGAGGAACUUGAAGAAUCUGAUUUUCCUGAAGACAUGGAUGAAUUUGUCACUCUUGAUGAGCUGGCAGAGGAAGACGAGGCGGAGAGGCAUGACUCGAGAUCGAGAGACAAAGCUUCUUCAGGUCGAUCCAGGGAGACUGGAGGCUUGAGAGUGGUCAAUGUGGUUGGAUUUAAACGUGGCUAUGGUUACCUGGAUGAGAUUCUGUCUCUGGCAAAGCCUUUUGGGAAAGUGGUACGGCACUUGGUUCUGCAUUCCAGGCCUGAGGCCUUUCUGGAAUUUAGUAGUGAACAAGAAGCCAGAUCAAUGGUCCGUUUCUACAACGGAAAUGUCAUCCCAUCCGUGUGUGGUAAAACCGUUAAAAUCUAUCAUUCGAUGACCUAUGCGACCAUCCAGAGCGGUAAAGUCGUCUACAUCGGUCACAUCCCCUCGUUUAAAUCAUCAGACGCAACAUUUCUGAAAAUCGCAGAGCCGUUUGGGAAAGUGAGACGUUACUACCUGAAUCGGUCACGCUGUGAGUGCUUCAUUGAAAUGGAGAGGGGUGAGGAUGCAGAGAGGUUUGUGGAGUCUGCUCGGCUGAACCCGCUCAAAUUUGAAGGCAAACGCUUGCUCGUCUACAUCAGCCGAAAAUACAAACAGCUCAAACAUGGACACAGACCCCCAACCUUGGAUGACAAACGGCCAGCCAAGAGGGAGCACUCUGAGGAGAGAGAGGAAAACCAGAGCAGCUCCUCAGCAAAAACUACCACUGUGAUGGAAGAGGAACCCCCAUCCAAAAAAGCUAAAGAGGAGACGCCUAGUGAGGAGAAAUCUCUGAAUGAAACACAGGAGGAGGAGAAAGAAGAAGAAGAAGAAGAAGAAGAGGAGGAGGAGGUGGAAGAGGAGGAGAAGAAGAAGGAGGAGGAGCUGGAGUUUAAAGCUGAGUCUUCUGAGAGCAUCACUGAAGUCAACAAAGAGCCCACAGAGGAACACAACACAGACACGACAGAAACUCCAGAUGUGGAGCUCAAAACACAGAAGGUUGAGAGUGACAUCGAUGUUCCUCCAACCGAGUCUUCAUCUGUUCCAUCCUCUGCUGGUGUGUCUGAGAAGAGCCAAGAGCCGACCGAAGCUCCGACACCCCCGACCGAGUCCGUCAAAAAACCUGAAACCACUACAGAUACUCUUGGUCCAUACGAGCCAAACGUCCCAGUGGGUGUGGAGUUUGUAAAGAUGGGCUACUACUGUAGAGUGUGCUUCCUUUUUUACUCCAAUGAAGACACUGCCAAAAAGGUUCACUGCAGUAGCCAGGCACACUACGAAAAACUCAAGAAACACUUGGAAAAGGAGAAAGCUAAAGCACAGAGUAAUCGUGAGAAGAACUCUGCUUCCUCUAGAUUUUUGUCAUUUGGAAAUCUCCACCCCUGCAGCAUGUCUCAGAAAUACCCCUACACAAACAGAGAGGAUGACUUUCCGUCACAUCAGGACAUGUAUGCAGACUCGUACCAGAGACAAUCCAAUACAUACCGGCCAGGCAUUAGAUCCUCAUCUCAGGAGCAAACUCGCUCUACAGCAUCUUCCAACAGAACUGUAGACUCUCCGGUAAACAUGCCCGGGAAGGCUUUGUCAUUUCUUCAUAGCUGUGGGCUAGACUCGAGUGACAUUGCCCACCUUGCAGAGAUUCCUGAGCAUCUCUUCACAGUCGAGACACUUUCCAGCCUGCUUUUACAGAUCAAAGAACGUAAAUUGUCCAACGCUUCAUCAUCUAGACCCAGCACAAGUCAGCGUCUUGAUGAUACCUCAGCUCAUUCCUGGGAGGGUAGCAGCCACACCACACCUGUUGAGUAUCCGAUCGAUCGACCUGUGCAUCCGGUGUACCCUCUUCCUCCAGAGCAAGUUCAAACCUGGCAAGACCGCUGGGGGAAUCCUCGACAAAGGUCCAGCAGUAAAAGCAGUAGUGGUCCAGACUACAGUGUCUCCAAGGACACCAACCGAUAUCGUAAUUCCAUACAAUCAGCAGAGGCCUCGUCACGCUCGUUUGUUGAUUCCAAACCAAGGCCUUUGCUUUCUCUGAAAUUAGAGCCACCUGUUGUUGGGCCUACUAGAAAGGAGGCCUCAGACUUCAAUUGCAAAAUUCCCCCGGCUUUUCCUCAUGUGUGCCGUCUCUGUGACAUUUCUGUCCGUUCUACAAGGGACUGGUUUUCUCACGUUCGAGGUAAUCAGCAUGUUAGAAGUCAGCUUGAACUUCUGAAAAAGUACCCAAAGUGGGCACAGACUGUUGAUUUUGAAAAAAGGAGUGAAAGCUCUGAAGUUUACAAAGUGCCAACUAGGACAGAGGCCUCAGACUUCAAUGGCGUGGUUCCCCCAGUUUUUCCUUACUUGUGUGUUCUCUGCAACAUCACUGUCUUUUCUGAAAAGGACUGGUCUGCGCAUGUUACAAGUGGUCAGCAUGCUCAGAGCCAGCUUGACCUUAUGGCAAAGUACCCAGAGUGGGACGGGACAGUUCAAUCGUCUAGAAGAAAUGUUCACACCUCCACUGACAUAAGAGCUGGAACCUCACAAGAAAAUACUUCAGACAUGACGAUGUCACCAGAAAAAAAUGAACUGUGUUCUCGAGUUGUGAGCUUCACACCAUUACCUGUUGGAGAGGGUACCACUUCAGAGUUGAUAGCCAUUGCUAAACGUUUUGGAUCUGUCAAAAAUUCCUUGUUCCUACCGAACCGGGGUUAUGUGGAAAUGACUUGUUUAGCAGAAGCCAAGAAAUUGGUUGAACAUUACUCAGCCAAUCAACUGAAAUUAAAAGGAAAAUUAAUUCAAGUCACCUACGCUUAUGAAUAUAACUCACUAAGAGAGGCAGAGGUUAAUGCCAAACCUCAAUCCAGUCACACCCAAAGGACAUCUAGCCCAGGCAGGCACAGCAUUCAGAGGGACUCUCCCAGUCCCAGGAGAAGACGUUCAUCAGAGACGACACUCUCUAGCCCAAAGAGAAGACACUCAUCAGAUAGGACUCGCUUUAGCCCCAAACGACAGCACUCAUCAGAGAGGACUCAUUCCAGCCCCAAGAGGAAAAGAUCGUCAGAGAGGACCCAUUCUAGCCCUAAGAGAAGACGCUCGUCAGAGAGGACCCACUCUUCUAGGAGUCGCCACAUGAGAGAGGGAGAAGAUUCUCGAAAAUCCAGGGAGCGCACUAGUACUUCCUCAAGCUCUGCUACUAAAGCUGGAAGUGCAAAAUCAAGUGCAGAUACAGAAGGAAAGAAAAGUGUGAGCAACAACAACAUUGACAACAUGGAUUCAGACAGUGAUCUUGAAGGGUUAGAAGUGAUAGCAGAUGAUGGUGAAGAAUUGGCACGUGACAUUAAUGAUUAUGAGCCGACCACAAGUGACCAGGAGAAUUUACCAUCAGAACCAAUGGAUGUAACGGACAUUCACACAGAGGAAGAAGUAAAGACUGGAGAAGAUUCUCCAAAUGCCGCUUCAUCAGAAGCCUCGAACUGUCUGAAGGAGGACCAAAAGUUUGAACAUGAAGACCAGGAAAUAAAGGAGGAGGGCUUCCCCAAGAUUCUUGAAAGUUGUGUGAGCUUGGAUGAACUCAUGGAAGAAAAGUCUUCAGAUUUUCAAGAAUCAGAUGAAGCAAAGGUCGUAAUCCCAAACACUGAGGAAAUCCUUCAGAUCAGAAAUCUACCAAGUGCUGAAGACAAUACACAAGAACCUCAAUCCAGAAAAGCUACAGAGGAGAAACCCAGUGAGGAGAAAGCUUCGAGUUCCCCACAGGAGGAGGAGGAGAAGGAGGAGGAGGUGGGCGUCAAAGCUGAGUCUUGUGAGAAUGUAGAUAAAGUUAACAAAGAGCACACAGAGGAACACAUCACAGAAACUCCGGAUGUGGAGCUCAAAACACAGAAGGUUGAGAGUGACAUCGAUGUUCCUCCUACCGAGUCUUCAUCUGUUCCAUCCUCUGCUGGUGUGUCCGAGAAGAGCCAAGACCCGACUGAAGCCCCGACACCCCCGACCGAGUCCGUCAAAAAACCUGAAACCACUACAGAUACUCUUGGUCCAUACGAGCCAAACGUCCCAGUGGGUGUGGAGUUUGUAAAGAUGGGCUUCUACUGUAGAGUGUGCUUCUGUUUUUACUCCAAUGAAGACACUGCCAAAAAGGUUCACUGCAGUAGCCAGGCACACUACGAAAAACUCAAGAAACACCUGAAAAAGGAGAAGGCCAAAGCACAAUGUAAUCGUGAGAAGAACUGAAUAUGGAGGAGUGUAACUGGUCCUGUACAGUACAUGGAUGUAAAUGAGCCUUAGUUUGGCUAGUCUCUCCUAUCCAAGGAUUGAUUUUAGAUUGAUUUUAGGUUCAUUAACCAUUUAUUCUUACUCUUACAUGUGUAUCAGAAUACUUGCCCUAUUCUCAAUAUAUGAACCAGAAUCCUUUUAUGACUAUUUGCUUAUUGUGAUUUCUUUUUGUUGUUGUGUUCAACAUUAAAAACAUUCCUCACAAUGA